GUUAAAUCCAGUGCGGAAGAACUCGAAGAGAAUCACGUAUUACAACUCAGCCAGAUCUUCAAGACUGGACGAGAAUGAGCUAAUAAAGCCAUCAGGGUGAGGAAUGAACAGGAAGUGAAGUAGGCGCAUGACCAGAUACUCUCUAGAAGAUGAGCCCUCUAACCUGGAUGAGAUGCCUCUGAUGAUGUCGGAGGAAGGCUUUGAGAAUGACGAGAGCGACUACCAGACGCUGCCCCGUGCCAGAGUCAAUCAGAGACAGAGAGGACUCGGCUGGUUCCUCCUAGGAGGAUGGAAAGUCCUCUGUGGCAGCUGCUGCGAUUGUCUGGCACAUGUAUGUCGGAGGAAGAAGGAGCUGAAGGCCAGGACGGUUUGGCUCGGCUGCCCGGAGAAGUGUGAAGAGAAAUACCCCAAAAACGCCAUCAAAAACCAGAAGUACAACAUCAUCACCUUUGUGCCUGGGGUUCUCUACCAGCAGUUCAAGUUCUUCCUUAAUCUCUACUUUCUGGUGGUGGCCUGUUCCCAGUUUGUGCCAUCGCUGAAAAUCGGAUAUUUGUAUACAUACUGGGCACCUCUGGGUUUUGUGUUAGCCGUCACAAUGGUGCGAGAGGCUGUGGAUGAAGUGCGACGCUACCAACGGGACAAAGAGAUGAACUCUCAACUCUACAGCAAGCUCACAGUGCGAGGUAAAAUACAAGUGAAGAGUUCGGACAUACAAGUUGGAGACCUGAUUAUUGUUGAGAAGAACCAAAGGAUUCCUGCAGACAUGAUAUUCCUGAGAACAUCAGAGAAAAAUGGUUCAUGUUUCAUCAGAACAGAUCAGCUGGAUGGAGAAACAGACUGGAAACUGAAAGUUGCUGUCGGCUGCACGCAGCGGCUUCCAGCAGUUGGGGACCUCUUCUCCAUCAGCGCUUACGUCUACGCCCAGAAGCCUCAGCUGGACAUCCACAGUUUCGAGGGAAACUUUACAAGGGAAGACACAGACCCCCAAAUCCACGAGAGUCUGAGCAUUGAAAACACUCUGUGGGCCAGCACAGUUGUAGCAUCUGGCACGGUGAUAGGGGUGGUGAUCUACACAGGCAAAGAGACCAGAAGCGUACUGAACACAUCUUAUGCCAAAAACAAGGUUGGCCUACUGGACCUGGAGCUGAACCGCCUCACCAAGGCCCUGUUCUUGGCCCAGGUGGUUCUGUCUGUGGUCAUGAUAGCACUGCAAGGGUUCGUGGGUCCUUGGUUUCGCAACCUCUUCCGAUUUGUUGUGCUUUUCUCUUACAUCAUUCCCAUCAGCUUGCGUGUGAAUCUGGACAUGGGAAAGUCGGCCUACGGCUGGAUGAUCAUGAAAGAUGAAAAUAUCCCAGGCACUGUUGUGAGAACCAGCACCAUCCCUGAAGAACUGGGCCGGCUGGUCUAUCUCCUGACAGACAAAACGGGAACUCUGACACAGAAUGAAAUGAUCUUCAAGCGGCUGCACCUGGGGACAGUGUCCUAUGGCAUUGAUACUAUGGAUGAAAUACAGAGUCAUAUAGUUCAGUCAUAUGCACUGGUGACCUCCCAGCCCUCCAAUGGUAGCACCAGUGGCUCAACACCAUCCCGAAAGACCCAGACGUCGUGCCCGAAGGUCCGCAAGAGUGUCAGCAGCCGCAUCCACGAGGCUGUGAAGGCGAUCGCCUUGUGUCACAAUGUCACACCUGUCUACGAGUCACACGCUGGCGUGAACGGAGAGACGGAGUCUGCCGAAGCCGAUCAGGACUUCAGUGAUGACAACCGCACCUACCAGGCCUCCAGUCCUGAUGAGGUGGCGCUGGUGCGGUGGACCGAGAGCGUCGGCCUGACCCUGGUGAACAGAGACCUGGCCUCCCUGCAGCUGAAGACUCCUUCAGGACAGAUUCUCUCUUUCUACAUCCUGCAGAUCUUUCCUUUCACCUCAGAGAGCAAAAGGAUGGGCAUCAUCGUCAGGGAGGAGUCAACGGGAGACAUCACUUUCUACAUGAAAGGCGCUGAUGUUGCUAUGGCUAGCAUUGUACAAUAUAACGAUUGGUUGGAGGAAGAGUGUGGGAACAUGGCCAGAGAGGGUCUGAGAACGCUGGUGGUGGCCAAGAAGAGUCUGUCCGAGGAGCAGUAUCAGGACUUUGAGAACCGCUACAACCAGGCGAAGCUGAGUAUCCACGACCGAGGCCUGAAAGUCGCAGCGGUCGUUGAGAGCCUUGAGAGGGAGAUGGAGCUUCUGUGUCUGACUGGUGUAGAAGACCAGCUACAAGCAGAUGUCAGGCCCACGCUGGAGCUGCUGAGGAACGCUGGCAUCAAGAUCUGGAUGUUGACCGGGGACAAGCUUGAGACGGCUACAUGCAUCGCCAAAAGCUCCCAUUUGGUCUCAAGAAGCCAAGACAUCCACGUUUUCAGACCAGUCUCAAACCGAGGAGAGGCCCAUCUGGAGCUCAACGCCUUCAGAAGGAAACAUGACUGUGCUCUGGUCAUCUCUGGAGACUCCUUAGAGGUGUGUUUGAAGUAUUACGAGCAUGAAUUUGUGGAGCUGGCCUGUCAGUGUCCAGCGGUGGUCUGCUGUCGCUGCUCCCCGACUCAGAAGGCCCAGAUCGUCACGCUCCUCCAGCAGCACACAGCCAACAGGACUUGUGCCAUAGGUGAUGGGGGAAAUGAUGUUAGUAUGAUCCAGGCUGCAGACUGUGGUAUUGGAAUAGAAGGAAAGGAAGGGAAGCAGGCAUCGCUGGCCGCAGACUUUUCCAUCACUCAGUUUAAGCACAUUGGCCGUCUGCUUAUGGUUCACGGCAGGAACAGCUACAAGCGCUCUGCAGCGUUGGGUCAGUUUGUCAUGCACAGAGGCAUGAUCAUCUCCACCAUGCAGGCUGUCUUCUCUUCCAUAUUCUUCUUUGCCUCUGUUCCUUUGUACCAGGGUUUCCUCAUGGUUGGAUAUGCCACCAUCUACACCAUGUUUCCUGUGUUCUCCUUGGUUCUGGACCAGGAUGUAAAGCCAGAGAUGGCUCUGCUUUACCCAGAGCUUUACAAAGACCUCACUAAGGGGCGUUCAUUAUCUUUCAAGACUUUCCUCAUUUGGGUUUUGAUCAGUGUGUAUCAAGGUGGCAUCCUCAUGUACGGCGGGUUGGUGCUGUUUGAGUCGGAGUUCGUGCACGUGGUUGCCAUCUCAUUCACAGCACUCAUCGUGACGGAGCUGCUGAUGGUGGCGCUGACGAUUCGCACCUGGCACUGGCUCAUGGUGGUGGCAGAGUUCUUCAGCCUGGGCUGCUACCUGGCCUCGCUCGCCUUCCUCAAUGAGUACUUUGACUUGUCGUUCAUCACGACUUGGCCUUUCCUGUGGAAGGUGUCAGCCAUCACGCUGGUCAGCUGUCUUCCUCUCUACAUAAUCAAAUACCUGAAACGCAAGUUUUCACCGCCGAGCUACUCCAAACUAUCCUCAUGAGCCAAACGUGGAUUACUUGUGUUAUGUUUUGUAGUUCUGUGCUUCUCUGAGUUUUUCUAUUUUCAGCACUUUUUUUACUCACUGACUCUCAGUGAUGGACAGGCAACCCGUAGAGGUCAAGGAACCACUGGAACAAUCGAAAAUGAAGAGAAAAUUAAAUGAUUAAUUUUUGGACUUAUGUCACUGAGACUUGGGAUUACUUGAAAAGACAGAGCACAUAAGAAAGACUUUAUUAUAAAGAUGGAUUUUGCCACACAACAAGAUUGAAAUGAUGUAAGUGACUGCACUUAGAAGGCCUGAAACUCGUUGACCCCAUUUUGUCAGAAAGGGUCGAUCUGCCUUCUUUUCUUUUAAAGCAUUUCAAACAAAUCAGCUUCAAGUGUCAUUUUAUACAGUUCUGAUGCAUUACUUUCACCGUUUAAAUUUUUAUGUGGAAUUCAGAAUUUUUUUAAGUGUUAUUUUUAUUCUAGGUACUAAUUACAUUUGCUAGUGUGCGUCUUUGAACAGUGAGUUGCUGUAAGGGAUAAAAUAAAAUAUAUAUUAUUUACUUUAAUGUUUUCCUUUAAUGUUACUGUAAAUAAAGCCUUUACAUGCAGCAUUGAUUACUACUGCGAUUAAUGUAAACCUCACUGCGUUUAACUCUACUUGUACAAAUGUGCAUUAACCAAAAAUAAGAACAUUUACGACGACAUUCAGAAAGAAAAUGCUGAUUAUUUGUCCAGGGAGGAAAAACAACCCUGAAACUGAAUUUCUGUGCAUUUUCUGCUGUAUAUCCUUUACAUUUUUAAGACCGUGAAUGACAUAAUCAGUCUAUCAUAUACAUAGUAUAAAACCAGCACUCCAUAAUUACAUUUAAUGUUGUAUUCUGCUUAUUUGGCCUUGAUUAUUCUGCAUUGCAUUUAUUUUACAUUUAUGAUGUCUGUGGGUGAUCACCAGUCCUCCUGUUAGGAUAUGGCAGCUCACGUUGUGCCUCAUUAUGAUGUAUGUCAAUGUAUUGAAGCUGCAUUUAAGAGCGUUGGAUGUUAAACAAUCAGUCAGAGGUUUUCUUAUUACCUCUGCAGCCACAUCUGAACUUCCAGGAGCUUCAAAGCUGCUGCUCUUCUCAGAAAAGUUUUUUUUUCUGUAUGGUUGAAUACUCGAAAAGUCACAAAAAGGACCCUGAAACAUGGAAAGAUGUGUAUUUUUAGGGCUUUACUGACGCUAUAUGAUCCCUGGGUUUUUUUGUGACUUUGGCCUUUAGUGGACAUUGACAUUCAGCUCUUGUUGAGGAGGAAUGAGUUUUAUCAUUCACUCCAUGUACUUUAAGUGUUAAGCACAGUGGGGAAAAUCACAAUCGGGGAAAUGUUCAAAAUGUACAAUUCAACUAUAUUAGGAAGUAGUUUAGCUAUGUUUAUUAGUUAGGUUGUCAUGAAUCAUAAUUGAGUUAAACUCAGGUUGAUCGUUCCUAAAAUACUUAAAUCGUUGUAUCAUUUUGUUUAAAUUGUGGCAACCAUACUGUAAAAUGUAGCUAUUCUAUAACAAUGAAGACAAAUAGUGGAUGUAGUUAUUUGGGAAAGAGGUGCGACUGUGACACUUCAAUUCAAAUUACAUUCAGUGUUUUUAAAUUUGUGAUUUCCAUUCUUACGAAGAGUAAUUCCAGAUGUCAAUCACUGUGUUUUCUGUUGAGAUACGUGUUUUAUGUGUGUUGUUGUAUAAACUUUUCUUUCUCGUGAACUUUCUGCGUUCCAUGUCCUACACUGCAAUUUCUAACAGUGUCUGUUAUUUAUAAUAUUGUUAUUGAUUAAUGAAUAAUAAAAAGAAACAGA